UUGUGGUUUCACAUGUGAGCGCUCCAGACGGCCCUCGCAAACUUAAAGCUUUUCUUUAGAAGCAGCUCUGCUAGAGAAGAUCUUCAUUCUCAGCAUCAGACAAUUGUGUCAAGUGUGUAGUACAGAAUGAGGCUGGUGCAUGGAUUGGUCCUGCUUUUGGCUGUCUCAGUUCUGGCUGCAGGACACGGUGUGGAAUCUGGAUGCCAGGACUGGAGUAUGGUGAAGGAUUCCAAAAACGUGUGCUGUAAGAGGUGUAAACCAGGAAAUCGGCUUGUCACUGCCUGUGGUCCAGACCCAAAGGCUUUGUGUACUCCAUGUGAAAACGACACCUAUAUUUCAGACUCAAACCAGAAGAUCUGUCUCAGAUGCAAUCAGUGUACAGGUACAUUGCAGGUCAAGGAGAAAUGUACUGCCAGCAGCGACACAGUUUGCGAGUGUUCUCAAGGAUUUCGCUGUGGAGAUAGCAAGUGCUCCUUCUGUGUUAUAGAGUGUAAGAAGGGACAUCAGCCUACUAAAAACAGAACAUGUGAGCCAUGUCCUCCAAGUACAUACAAUGACCAAAUCCAUCACCACUGUAUCAACUGGACCAGAUGUACGCAGCCUGACCAGCAAAUAAUUGUUCCUGGAAAAGCAGAGUCUGACGUAAUCUGUGGCCCUAAAAAGGAAACAAACCAAACCACGUUACCACCAGAUAACAAACCAACAGUGUCACCGCCGAGCAACACAGACAAUGUCACAUGUAUUCUCAUCAGUUUCGGGCUGCUCUGUAUAACAAUACCUGUGCUUACAAUCCUAUACCUGGAGUGGAGAAGAAGAAAGGCAACCCACAAACCCCCUGGAACAAAAGAACCACUAAAUGCAGGGCAAAAUCAGAGGUCUCUUCCUGAAGAGUGCAGCUUCUGUUUUCCGCAGCAGGAACACGGCAGCAGCAGUAGCAGCAGUCAGAGCUCGAUGGCGUCGCUGGUCUCAGAGGACAAGAUCAUGCCUUUAGAAGCAUGAAAAUGUUUUACUCUGUGUGUGUUUGUAGCAAGAUGACCAUUAUUUAACAUUCACCUGUUGAAUGAUCUGUGGAUAUGUACUGUAGAAUAUGUUUUAUUUGUAUGAUGUGAUUUAUUUGGUGAAUCCUACUUGACAAGCUAUACUACUGGAUUCACAGUCUUUCUAUGUUUAUAAAACUUUUGUUGACUUUGAAGGAGAAUGUGCUACUUUUUUUGAAAGAAAACAUUUUGAACAGAAUUGUUUGCUCAGGGUUACCAUUUAAAAAAAUAAACUUUUUUCUAGAGGAUGUGCUUGGCUAAAUCUUGAAGAUGUUUAAUACUUGGGUCUUAUUGAAGCUUACCAUGAUUUCAGUAAGUAGAACAUGUACCAUUAUAAACAUUCAUAUGAUGAUCAGAUUUUAGGGUAGGGCUGAGACACUCUUGCAGAGUUGGCUAAAUCAUUUCAAAUCGUACCAAUUCGUACGACUUUUACAACCUCAAAUCAAGUCAUUUUUAUUUGUAUAGCCCUUUUCACAACACACAUCAUUUCAAAGCAGCUUUACAGAAAAUCAGGCUUUAUCAGAAAAUUAAAUUAGGACACUACAGAUAUUACAGAGUCGAGAGAAUUGUGUCAUAAAAUAAAUAAAUAGUUAAAUAAUAAUUGUAUUUCGAACCCCAGUGAGCAAGCCAAAGGCGACUGUGGCAAGGAACACAAAACUCCAUAAGAUGUUGGUUAAUGGAGAAAAAUAACCUUGGGAGAAACCAGGCUCACUGUGGGGGCCAGUUCCCCUCUGGCUAACAGCAUGAAUAUAAUGCCAAUAUUACUUAUGUGCAGUGCAAGUCAUGGUUUAAAAUUAUUAAACUAAGUAAGUGUUAAGGGUCAGUGUUUAAAGAUUUUGUAAGAACAGUAAGAUUAAUGACUAAUGUCUUUGAAGUUUAUCCUGGAUUAACUGCAGAAGUUCACAUACAGGUGCAUCUCAAUAAAUUAGAAUGUUG